AUGUCGUGGCUUUUGUACGUUAUUUACGAAAAUGUCCUUUUAGUGUUAGUAAGGAUAUUUCGAUUCCCGGCUCGUUCGUUACUGGUUUUUUUCUUCUUCUCCGUCGCGGAAAAGAUGGGGACCACCACCAAUCUGAGAUCUUGGCUGUAUCUCAUUCUUCUCUUCAUCGUCGUCGUCGGCGUCAACGCUCAGAAUCGGAGACCUAAGAAUGUUCAGGUGGCUGUUAAGGCUAAGUGGCAGGGUACUCCUCUUCUCCUUGAGGCUGGUGAGUUGAUUUCCAAAGAAUCGAAGCAGUUGUUCUGGGAGUUUACUGAUGCUUGGCUUGGUUCCGAUGGAGAUGAUUCCGAUUGUAAAUCAGCUAGAGAUUGUCUUCUUAAGAUAUCUAAACAGGCUUCGACUCUGUUAGCUCAACCAGUGGCUUCUCUCUUCCAUUUCUCACUUACUCUGAGAUCUGCUUCGCCUAGGCUUGUGCUUUACCGUCAAUUGGCUGAUGAGUCUCUAUCUUCUUUCCCUCAUGGUGAUGAUCCCUCUGCGACUGGCUGCUGUUGGGUUGAUACUGGCUCCUCUCUGUUUUACGAUGUUGCAGAUCUUCAAUCCUGGCUUGCCUCUGCUCCUGCUGUUGGAGAUGCUGUUCAGGGGCCUGAGCUAUUCGACUUCGAUCAUGUUCAUUUUGAUUCAAGAGCUGGAAGCCCAGUUGCUGUUCUCUAUGGGGCUGUUGGGACUGAUUGCUUUAGGAAGUUUCACCUGUCGCUUGCUAAAGCAGCCAAGGAGGGAAAAGUUACAUAUGUUGUUAGACCAGUAUUACCUUUGGGUUGUGAAGGGAAAACUAGACCCUGCGGUGCCAUUGGAGCAAGGGAUAAUGUUAGCUUAGCUGGUUAUGGUGUGGAGCUUGCUUUGAAGAACAUGGAGUACAAGGCUAUGGAUGAUAGUGCUAUAAAGAAAGGUAUCACUCUUGAAGAUCCUAGGACUGAAGAUCUUAGUCAAGAUGUUAGGGGCUUUAUAUUCUCAAAAAUCUUGGACAGGAAACCCGAGCUAAGAUCAGAAGUCAUGGCUUUUAGGGAUUAUCUCCUAUCAUCAACAGUAUCAGACACGCUUGAUGUUUGGGAGCUGAAAGAUUUAGGACACCAAACAGCGCAGAGAAUAGUCCAUGCCUCUGAUCCUCUGCAGUCUAUGCAAGAAAUUAAUCAAAACUUUCCUAGUGUAGUUUCUUCAUUAUCUCGCAUGAAGCUCAAUGAAUCAAUCAAAGACGAGAUACUUUCAAACCAGAGAAUGGUUCCCCCUGGCAAGGCUUUGUUGGCUCUGAAUGGUGCCCUGUUGAACAUCGAAGAUAUUGAUCUAUACAUGUUGAUGGAUUUGGCUCAUCAGGAAUUGUCCCUGGCCAACCAUUUUUCGAAGCUUAAGAUACCUGAUGGAGCCAUAAGGAAACUUCUACUAACUACCCCUCUCCCUGAACCGGAUUCAUAUCGGGUUGAUUUCCGAUCCGUGCAUGUUACCUAUCUCAACAAUCUGGAAGAGGAUGAUAUGUACAAGCGUUGGCGGAGUAAUAUUAACGAGAUUUUGAUGCCUGCCUUCCCUGGACAACUACGUUACAUCCGAAAGAACCUAUUCCAUGCAGUUUACGUCAUUGAUCCAGCGACUGCCUGUGGUCUUGAGUCUAUUGAAACUCUCAGAUCUUUAUAUGAAAAUCAACUCCCUGUGAGAUUUGGGGUGAUAUUAUAUUCAACUCAACUAAUCAAGACAAUCGAGAAUAAUGGUGGUCAAAUCCCAUCUUCUGAUGCAGUGACUAAUGCCCAAGUUAAAGAGGACUUAUCGACUAUGGUCAUACGUCUUUUUCUGUACAUCAAGGAGCACCAUGGGAUUCAAACAGCUUUUCAGUUCUUGGGCAAUUUAAACACACUAAGGACUGAAUCUGCUGAUUCUUCCGAAGCAGACAUUGAACAGGAGCACGUUGAUGGUGCAUUUGUUGAGACAAUUUUACCAAAGGUUAAAACACUCCCUCAGGAUAUAUUGCUGAAACUGCGACAAGAGCACACUUUGAAGGAAGCAUCUGAAGCAAGCUCCAUGUUUGUAUUUAAGUUGGGUCUGGCGAAAUUGAAGUGUUCCUUUUUGAUGAAUGGCCUUGUCUUUGAUUCUGUUGAGGAAGAAACUCUUUUAAAUGCCAUGAAUGAAGAGCUUCCCAAGAUACAAGAACAAGUUUAUUACGGCCAGAUAGAAUCCCAUACUAAGGUUUUGGACAAGUUGCUUUCGGAAAGUGGUCUUAGCCGUUAUAAUCCACAGAUUAUUAGUGGAGGAAAGAACAAACCAAGGUUUGUGUCGCUAGCUUCAUCUACCAGGAAAGGGGAAUCUAUGUUGAAUGAUGUUAACUACUUGCAUUCUCCUGAAACUUCAGAGGAUGUGAAGUAUGUGACUCAUCUCCUUGCUGCUGAUGUUGCAACGAAGAAAGGAAUGAAAUUGUUACAUGAAGGAGUCCGUUACCUGAUUGGAGGUUCCAAAAGUGCUCGUCUUGGAGUCUUAUUUAGUAGCAGCCAGAAUGCUGACCCACAUAGCCUUCUAUUUAUAAAGUUUUUCGAAAAAACUGCUUCAUCGUUUAGUCAUAAGGAAAAGGUGCUAUACUUCUUGGAUAAACUAUGCUUGUUUUACGAGCGUGAAUAUCUGUUAAAAACAUCAGUGGAAUCAGCUAGCUCUCAAAUGUUUAUUGAUAAAGUCCUUGAGCUUGCUGAUGAGUAUGGGCUAUCUUCUAAGGCAUACCGAUCUUGUCUCGUUGAAUCAGUGGAUGAAGAAUUACUUAAGCGUUUGACAAAGGUCGCCCAAUUCUUGUCUUGGGAACUUGGACUUGAAUCUGAUGCAAAUGCAAUAAUUUCAAAUGGAAGGGUGAUAUUUCCUGUGGAUGAGAGGACAUUUUUGGGCCAAGAUUUACAUCUUCUUGAGUCAAUGGAGUUCAAUCAAAGAGUAAAGCCUGUUCAAGAAAUUAUUGAAGGCAUUGAAUGGCAAGAUGUGGAUCCCGAUCUGCUGACAAGUAAAUAUUUUAGCGAUGUCUUCAUGUUUGUGUCAUCUGCAAUGGCAACACGGGAUCGUAGUUCUGAAAGUGCGCGGUUUGAGGUGUUGAAUUCAGAAUACAGUGCGGUUUUGCUGGGAAAUGAAAAUGCAACGAUACACAUUGAUGCUGUUAUCGAUCCUUUAAGCCCUACUGGUCAAAAACUAGCAUCACUUCUUCAAGUUCUACAGAAACAUGUUCAGACGAGCAUGAGGAUUGUUCUGAAUCCCAUGAGUUCCCUUGUGGACAUUCCUCUGAAAAAUUACUACAGAUAUGUCUUACCUAAUACGGACGAUUACAGCAGUACAGGCUUUGACGUAGAUGGGCCUAAGGCAUUUUUCGCAAAUAUGCCAUUGUCUAAGACACUUACCAUGAAUCUUGACGUUCCAGAGCCAUGGCUGGUUGAACCAGUAAUUGCCAUUCAUGAUCUUGAUAAUAUAUUGCUUGAGAAUCUAGGAGAUACCACUACACUGCAGGCAGUUUUUGAGGUUGAAUCUCUUGUUCUUACAGGUCAUUGCGCGGAAAAAGAUCAUGAGGCUCCUCGUGGCCUUCAGCUGAUUCUGGGAACCAAAAAUAGACCGCAUUUGGUUGAUACCCUUGUAAUGGCCAAUUUGGGUUAUUGGCAGAUGAAAGUAUCCCCAGGGGUUUGGUAUUUGCAACUUGCUCCGGGUAGAAGUUCGGAGCUAUACGCUUUGAAAGGAGGAAAUGAUGGGAGUCAAGAUCAAUCCUCGCUGAAACGUAUAACUAUCGAUGAUCUGCGUGGUAAAGUUGUUCAUCUAGAAGUAGUUAAGAGAAAGGGUAAGGAGCAUGAAAAGUUGCUAGUUCCUUCAGACGGUGAUGAUGCUGUGCAACAAAACAAGGAAGGAAGCUGGAACUCAAAUUUCUUGAAAUGGGCGUCUGGUUUUGUUGGUGGUCGUCAACAAUCAAUGAAGGGAGGUCCUGACAAAGAGCAUGAGAAGGGUGGGCGACAAGGGAAAACGAUAAAUAUAUUCUCCAUUGCUUCAGGGCAUUUAUACGAGCGUUUCCUUAAGAUUAUGAUUCUCAGUGUCCUGAAGAACACCAAUCGUCCUGUAAAAUUCUGGUUUAUUAAGAAUUAUCUCUCUCCUCAAUUUAAGGAUGUGAUUCCACAUAUGGCACAAGAAUACAACUUUGAGUAUGAGCUGAUUACAUACAAAUGGCCGUCCUGGUUGCAUAAACAGAAAGAAAAGCAACGAAUUAUUUGGGCCUACAAAAUUCUUUUCCUUGAUGUCAUAUUUCCUCUCUCAUUGGAAAAGGUUAUAUUUGUCGACGCAGAUCAAAUUAUAAGGACAGACAUGGGAGAACUGUAUGAUAUGGAUAUUAAAGGAAGACCUCUCGCGUAUACUCCUUUUUGUGACAACAACAGGGAAAUGGAUGGCUAUAAAUUUUGGAAACAGGGUUUCUGGAAAGAACAUUUACGUGGUAGGCCAUACCAUAUCAGUGCUCUAUACGUUGUUGACUUGGUUAAGUUCCGAGAGACAGCGGCAGGAGAUAAUCUAAGAGUAUUCUAUGAGACGCUUAGCAAGGAUCCAAACAGUUUGUCCAACCUAGAUCAGGAUCUUCCUAAUUAUGCUCAGCAUACUGUUCCUAUAUUUUCACUUCCCCAAGAGUGGUUGUGGUGUGAAUCCUGGUGUGGAAACGCCACAAAAGCCAAGGCCAGAACAAUCGAUCUUUGCAAUAAUCCCAUGACAAAGGAACCAAAGCUUCAGGGUGCCCGAAGAAUCGUAACCGAAUGGCCCGAUCUUGAUCUCGAAGCACGAAAAUUCACAGCAAAAAUCUUGGGUGAAGAUGUGGAACUCAACGAGCCAGUAGCUGCUCCUGCUACAGACAAGCCUAAUCCUCUUCCAUCAAAUGACAUCUCUGAAGAUACAGAACAAGACUUGGAAUCUAAAGCAGAACUGUAAAUUCAAUGCUCCUGAAGUUUCAAAAGAGGAGAAGAUAAAUUAGACAAUCAUGGCUAUUUUGCAUUUGCUAGAUAAGGUUUCUAGUUUUGUAGCUACAGUUUCUUAGACAUCUCUCACAUAAAUUAGACAGAAGAUAAAGUCAACAGAUUGCAGGAGAAUAAGAAUAUCAGUAUAAUAUGAUUUUGAAUCAAUUACAAACAUAGUCACUCAUAACGUAUUUGUA